AUGUUGUUCCCCAAGCUCGCUAUUCUUGCUUCCGCAGCCUCUCUGGCUACUGUUGCCAUUGCGGAAGAGACAUACGACGAGGUGGUUGAUGGCUACCGCUUCAUAAAAUCUGGACCUAAGGUGCUCAAGCCCAAAGAUAACUACGAGCUCGAGUUUGCCCGGUUCACUCUCAACCUUCUAAAGACGCGAAUCGGAGCAGACGGGCUCAUCGAGCUCUUGCAACCCGAUAUCAAGGAGGCCGACGCCUUCUGGCACGAUGUCGUUGAUCGUUCCACGGACAAAUGGGUUCCCACCGAUGGCAGAGCCGUGGCAUUCCUCCCCAACCUGACGGCAUACAGCUUCGCAGCCUGGAGUCAGAGCCCCUUCGCCGACAGAUCCAACAACGCCGCCAACCCAGAGCACUAUGUCAAGCGCACCACCAACCUCAAUGGAACCCUCCAGUCCGAAAUCUUGGAGGGCUGGGGCGGCGUCACAACCCACUUUUCCAUCUCCGACUACAGCAGCCCUCCCAACCGUGCCAAGCACCCGAUGCUUCGUGAGCUGCCAGAGUUCCCCUUCCAAGCCGCGGGUGACAAAGUUCUGCGCGAUGGUACCAACACCCGGUUUGGCGUGCUUCACAUCUCCGCCCGCGAUGUCCCUGGCGAGGAGUACGGCUCAGACAUUCCAGGAGUCGAUAUUUACGCAACUGUCUGGUAUGGCGACGGGGUCGAAGACGAGCAUAUCGAGGUCGAGCGCCAGCACAUCACUGUUGAAAUUAUCAACCAGUCCAUUCAAGCACAGAAGGAUAUUGCAAGUGGUGACUUCAAGCCUCCUGCCCUGCCGUCUGGCUCUUCUUCCAGGAGAUGGUUGGCAUAA